CCGGCCGCGCCGCACGCCAUGUACGCCGCCAUUUUGUUUGUGUUAUUCGCCACUGCGCACGCGCAGACAGUGCCCGUGGUGCCCACAGUUAAUACCACGCAAGGUGUUAUUAUCGGUGCCUACAAUAAUGGCAUCGCGAACUUCUAUGGGAUUCACUACGCCGGCACCGCGUCGGGAAGCAAUAGAUUUAAGAACCCGACGCCUGCACCUGUUUUCCCCGGAGAGUACCACGCGGUCGACAACGAUAUCAUCUGCGCUCAUCCCACACCGAGAGGUCUAGUGGGAGUCGAAGACUGUCUGGUGCUGAGCAUCCACACGAACAACCUCACCGCAUCCAAUCCGGUCAUGGUCUGGCUGGAAGGGGAGGACUACGACACGAUCAGCAACAUUCCUUACUCGUACGACAACCUCGUGCAACAGGAUAUCGUCUUCGUGUCAGUAAACUACAGGCUGUCGAUCUUCGGAUUCCUCUGCCUCGGCGUACCCGAGGCGCCAGGAAACGUCGGCUUGAAGGAUGUAGUCCAAGCUCUGACGUGGAUCCAACAGAACAUCGCUGGCUUCGGCGGAAAUCCAGGAAACGUAAUUCUGUUUGGUCACGGAUCGGGAGCUGCUAUGGUGGAUCUCAUCACGCUGUCUGGAAAGGCCGAUGGAUUAGUUCAUAAGGCGAUGGUUUUGAGUGGAUCCGCUCUGUCCCCUAGCGCUGUAGCAUACGAGCCUGUAGCUUACGCCCAUGCAGUUGGAAACAAAAUUGGUUACACGGGUAAAACUAACGGUGAACUAGCCGAAUUACUCUCCUAUACCGCUAUUGACCUGCUGGUGAAUGCGAUUAAUGAUUUCGAGUUCUACAAUAACACGCCCUUAUUCGCUCCGUGCGUCGAGAACCCUCAACUGAACAACGACACAUUCUUAACGGACUCCCCAAUAAAUAUCUUGAGAUCCGGGAACUACAGCCACGUUCCUUACAUCAUCGGCUACGUGGACAGGGAGGGAUCAAUUCGGGCGCAGCAGGCGUUGUUCUCGAAUUGGCUCAAGAAAAUGGAGAGCAAUUUCUCAGACUUCUUGCAAGCGGACCUAAAAUUUGAGUCCGAAGCCAAUAAGACUGCGGUAGCUCGAACCAUUCGCGAGUUCUACUUCGCCCAGAGCUCUGUGGGCAUGGCGACGAUUGAGGACUUUUUGGACUACCAGGGAGACUCGCUCAUAACCAUGGCCGCGAUCAGAGGUGCUAGCGAGAGGGCUGCGACGUCCAGGGCCGACGUCAGGAUCUUCGAGUUUGCGUACAAGAGACCAGUGGAUCCGGAGUGGACGUACCAGCAGAUCCAGUUGACGGGGGUGAGGCACGGCGGCCUCCUCAGCUACGUGUUCGACUACAACCUUUCCACCCUUGAAAUCUCUUCAAGUAACAUGCUGACUUCGCGUAUCGCGGUGUCAGCCAGGAACUUGCUGACAUCGCGCAUCGCGGUGUUCGCGCGUACUGGGGGCCAGGACCCAAACAUCACGAUGUGGAACCCCAUAUCAUCAUCAGGCAUCUUCCAGCUGUUGUACAUUAGUGGGCAGGAGGUUUCCACCAACGUGAGCCUGGUAAAGGAGGAGGCGAGAGGGAACAUAAGGGAGGAGAAGACCAACUUCUGGAACAGCAUCUACAGCGCCCACUAUAGAGCACCUACAUCUAUAUCAGGUGCUACGAGUGCUCGUUUAGCGUUUAUUCUCGUACCAAUGUUUAUUGCACUGCGUUUGCCUUUGAAUUAGAUUUUUAUAAGAAAUUAUUGUGGGUAUUACUACAACUAUUAGUAGAUGGACGGUCAUCGCAAAGGAUUUACUUACAGAUGGAGAACCUACCGUACGUAAAUUGGACGGGCUAUGUCAAGCCGACAGAUCAUGACCA